CAUCCCCAUCCCCAUCCCCAUCCGCCCCCGCAUCCGCCCCCGCCCCCGCCCCCGGACCCGGAGGGUGGGCCGCCUCCUCCCGCGCCUCCGGUGACGGCCCCUACCGGAAAGGAUGGGCUGAAAAUCUGGGAGCCUCCAGACAUGGAUCCCCUCGUUCACGGCAUCCACGCUUCGGACGGCAUCAAGCGGAAGCCAACUUAUCCGCUAAUCCCCUUCCCGCCCUCGCCCAUGACCAACCCUCCCCAAAGAGACGAUAUACAGCGUCCGUGGCUCGGGGCUGUCAUUUGCGCUGCGUGGGAUAUCGAGCGGCGCAUGUUGAUUCGCUACACCUGGAUGAAGCUCUUCAAGAACGUUCCUAUGGACCACCGAUUCGUCGUUUCUAACCCCGGGCCACACUGGACCGACAUUAUCAGCCAGGAAAACAAGACCUACGGUGAUAUGAUUGUUUUAGAACACCUCCCCGAAGACGACUUCACCGCGAAUACGGUCAAGACGAUCGAGUUUUACCGCUGGCUUGUCGACAACAACCAAAGGUACGAGUUCGUUUCCAAGAUGGAUACCGACUUGUUCGUCAACGCCCGCGCCAUGUACGACCAGAAGCUUCUGCCGCGGUUAGAAUCUACCCCCGCGGGGCUCAGAGCGACUGUCAACUACACGACCAUUGGGCAAUUCUACUACGACUCGUACCACCACGCCUCGUUUCCGCACGGGGCCAUCUACACGGUCACCUGGGACGUCGUCGAGCUGCUGCCCAAGCUCCAGGACCAGUACCACAUCAUCGCGGGAGAGGACGUAACCAUGGCUUGGCUGCUGAUGAAGGGCAAGCAAAAGGUGACCAUGGUGGUCCUCAGCGAGGCCGAGAAGUUCGAGUUCGACCGCACCGACAUGCGGCCGACCCCCCCGGGGUGGGGAAGGACGCCCUGGGCGCGCGAAGGGACCGACGUCACCUCGAGCUGGCACGCUAUGCACGGCUCCAACAUCCUCGCCAUCCACCAGCUCAAGAAGGACGACGACUGGCUCAUGGUGACGCAGGAAUUCAACGAGACCGGCGUCAAGGAGAUGCCGCCUUACCCCAAGGACCAGCCCAACGAUGACGGCCCCAAGCCCAGCUACCCGCGGCCUUACUGGACACAGAUCCCCGACGACUAUUGGGAGGUUGACUACGAUGGCACGUUUCUGUGCAACGGCAUAUGGAAGCUGGAGCCUGGUGUGGGGAGGGAUAUGAAGAAAAAGGAGUAAUUUUGUUCGCAUAUAAUAGAUUUUUAGACGAGCGCGAACCGGUGGCGUCAUAACAUCCAGAACUCUCAUAAAGAUUCUAGGUCUUUGUAUUUUGUAUCUUGUAUCUUAAUUAAAUCACCUUCCUUGUUCCCUCA